AUGGCAUUCAGGAGGCAAGUGAAAAACUUUGUGAAAAAUUACUCAGAUGCUGAAAUAAAAGUCAGGGAAGCAACUUCUAAUGACCCUUGGGGCCCUUCUAGUUCUCUGAUGUUAGAUAUCAGUGACCUGACCUUCAACACGAUGUAUCUCUCAGAGAUUAUGAGUAUACUGUGGCAGAGACUCAAUGACCAUGGGAAGAACUGGCGCCAUGUGUAUAAAUCUCUUAUGCUAAUGGAUUAUCUGAUCAAGAAUGGAUCAAAGAAAGUUAUUCAGCAUUGCAGAGAGGGGUUCUGUAAUCUUCAAACACUAAAAGAUUUUCAACACAUAGAUGAAGCUGGAAAAGACCAAGGUUAUCAUAUCCGGCAAAAGUCAAAGCAAGUCAUAACAUUGCUGAUGGAUGAACAAUUGCUGCAUAAAGAGAGGAAAGUAGCGUAUCGGACUAGACAGCGUACCUCCUACUCCGUGACAUUUCCUCAAGUAUUACCUGGUACAAGUAACUUACCAACAGCACGUGCUUCUGCCCACACACCAGAAACCGCUGCUUCAGAGAAGAGUUGUAAGCUUCUUAAAGUUGCAAGGCUACAUCAUAAAAAAGACACUUCCAAGGCAGGAUUGAAACAGGAGCAGUGCGGAGACAUUCCGUUGCCCAGUGGAAACGUGUCAUCCCAGGAAACACCACCCCUCAAGGCUAAUGCUUGGAAAUCAACAGAGGACCUGAUGUUAUUUUGUGAAGAUCCAAAGCUGCUUCUGCCGACAACUCCUCCUCCCAUCAUCUCAUCAGCUACGUGGCUGUCAGGAGGGCAGGCAGAUGUGUGUAACCUCUGUGAUGCAGAUGCUGCGCCUGCUCCCUCAGAAAAAAGCUCAUCUCUGCAGACGAACAUGAGCUUGGCCGAGGAAGGAGACAGAAGCAUUACAAACACUGCAACAGAAAAGCCCUUGCAGGUGCCUCUAGAAGAGCAGUCAGCUGCAAGCAGCUUUGAAACACUGACAACUUUAAUGGCCCUUUGGCCAUCAAGUGAAAAAGAGUUUAUCAGCCCUGAUUUGAGCCUAUCAAAGUCAGAUUCUAAUUCUACUUUCUGUAACCUGCCCUCUGUAGAGACACUCUAUGUCUCUCCCUCGUUCAAACCAUUUGACUCAGUGGAGAAGCUCACCAUCAGUCAGGACCCUCAGAAGUCAACACAAUCCAGCAUCUUCCAGAUGGAGAACAAACACCUCAAGGCCUCAGCCACACGGGUUUCAAAUGCCUCUGGGGGAACAUCCUCCUUUUCUACUUUAUCCGUGUCAUCUUCUGAUUCGGCGUCUCCAGAGAAGUCUGUUCCUCUCUUAUCUCCGGUUUUGGCUGGACCUUCCUUCCGGACUUUGUCCCAUCAGCAGUCUUUCUCUACCUCCUUUAAAGAGAAAGAUAAGACAGCCAGGGUUCCUCACCCCUUCAUUCCUGAGGGCCCAAUGUCCUCUGAUGAAGAGAAAAAUGACAACCUUAACCUACUGGAAAUUCUUCCAGAUAACUCUGACUCUGCUAAGAAAAAGAUAAGUGAUGUUUUGAGAAGUAAUUGGAUCACAUAUUGCACCCAAAAUAUAAACCACUUCACCUCUGUGUCCUGUCCUAGUUUUCAGACAACCAGAGGCCCGCCUAGGGAGCCUGAAGCACACAAUUCCAUUGAAAUCCUUCUAGGGGAGGUAAAAAAUGCGAUAGUCAAAUUACAUGAAGACCUGAGCGUGGUAAUACAAGAACUUAAUGUCAUCAGUGGCCAUCUGGUAAGCAUGAGUGGGAAGAGUCCACAAAGCAGCACCUCUGUGCAGUUUCCCCAGGCUUCUGAGGAGAGCUCAGAGCACAUCUAAUGAUCUUGGUAGCCAUUUUUGGUAGAACUCAUGUGGUUCUACUUUCUAAAGACAGAGAAGUUAACCUUUUAUAAACUUGCAUUACAAUGGCAAAAAUAGGGUGAUGGUUUGAUUUUUUCCUCAUCAGGUUUAUUAACAAGUAUCUUUCAAACUAAUAACUUCAUUUGGGUGAUUUAUUUUUUAAAGAGAAAAGGUAUCACCUUUGACAAUAUUUUCAGGUUUGGAUAUUAGCUCAUUUGAAACUGAAGAGAGUUUCAUUCUUCCAUGCUCUGUACUUUACC